AUGAAGAACUUCAGCAUAGGAGCACUUCUCUUUGUACUACUCUUUCUUUCUACUCAUUAUUCGGAGGCUAGACUUCAAGCGUGCAAGCCAAGUGGCGACAUAAUUGGAAAAAAGCCUCCUCCUGGACAAUGUAACCAGGAAAAUGAUUCCGACUGCUGUAAACAGGGGAAGUCUUACCCCACCUACAAAUGUUCACCUCCGGUGUCAGGAAGCACUAAGGCAGUUCUUACCAUUAAUAGUUUUGAAAAGGGUGGAGAUGGAGGUGCGCCAUCAGAAUGUGACAACAAGUACCACUCUGAUAACACACCAGUUGUAGCUCUAUCAACUGGAUGGUAUAGUGGAGGGUCAAGGUGCCUUAACAAUAUCACAAUAAGUGCUAAUGGCCGAAGCGUAACUGCUAUGGUUGUUGAUGAAUGUGAUUCUACCAUGGGAUGUGAUGAUGACCAUGAUUAUCAACCUCCAUGUCCUAAUAACAUUGUUGAUGCCUCCAAGGCUGUCUGGAAAGCCUUGGGAGUGCCGGAAGAUAACUGGGGCGAGUUGGAUAUCACUUGGUCUGAUGCCUAA